CGUAACGCGUUCCUCGCGGCGCCAGUGCUUUCUUUCCCGUGCGAUCGCCGUAGCGCGUGCUAGCCGACGCGCUCGUUCGUUUGGCCAUCCGUCUCCGAGGCACUCCCUGCGCCGCACGCUCCAAGCCACAUUUGCACAAGCAGCCGUGAAACGACUCGCUGGCCAUGACGACCAAAGGGCAGACGUUCGAUUCCAAUUGCAUGACGCUGACGCGCUUCGUGCUCGCGGAGCAGCGAAAGGUGCCGAAUGCCACGGGUGAUCUGACGCAGCUACUGAACAGCAUUCAAACGGCGGUGAAAGCCGUCAGCUCGGCCGUCAGGAAAGCCGGCAUUGCUAACAUGUACGGGAUCGCCGGUACGACCAACGUGCAAGGCGAGGAAGUCAAGAAACUGGAUAUACUGAGCAACGAGCUUUUCAUCAACAUGCUGACGUCGUCGUUUACCACCUGCCUGCUCGUGUCCGAGGAAAAUCCAACGGCCAUCGAGGUUCGCUCGGAGCAGCACGGCAAAUACAUCGUGUGCUUCGAUCCGCUCGACGGCUCGUCCAACAUCGACUGUCUCGUGUCCGUCGGCUCCAUCUUCGGUAUCUACAAGAAGCUCGACGACUCGAAGCCACCGACCGUCGCCGACGCGCUGCAGCCGGGCAAGAACCUGGUGGCGGCGGGCUACGCGCUUUACGGCUCGGCGACCAUGAUGGUCCUCUCCAUUGGCGGCGGAGUCAAUGGCUUCACUUACGAUCCGGCCAUUGGAGAAUUUAUCCUCACCGAGAGGAAUAUGAGGAUACCGCCAAGAGGGAAAAUAUACAGCAUAAACGAAGGCAACGAGAGAAGUUGGGACAAGGCAGUCGAGCAGUACGUAGAUUCGAGGAAAAAUCCUUCGUCCGGGAAGCCGUACGCCGCCAGGUACGUGGGCUCCAUGGUAGCCGACGUUCACCGAACCAUCAAGUACGGCGGGAUAUUCAUGUACCCAGCCUCGAAAGACGCGCCCAAUGGCAAACUCCGCUUGCUGUACGAAUGCAUCCCGAUGGCCUACAUCGUCAAGGAAGCUGGCGGAUUGGCGUCAAACGGAGAGACCAAUAUACUCGAUAUCAUUCCGUCGCAAAUUCAUCAGAGAUCCCCAAUUUUCUUGGGUUCCACGGAGGACGUUCAAGAUGUUUUGGGCGUCAUUAAGAGUCACAAGUAGUCGUUUGCGCCAAUGUCGAAUAAAAUCAGAUAUCUUUUAUUACUUUUCUACGUCACAUCGAUAAGGCAUAUCUCGUGAAUAAAUUUCUCAAAUACAUACAAGCGAAAAUUGUUAUUCCUUUAUGGGCAAGCAUGUCGUUUUCUAUUUUAUUAU